AAGUUCCGAAACGUUUUGGACCACGACAGGCAUGUUCCCACAGGAAUUCAUUGUUGGUUUUCCUAAAUGUGUGAAAAUCAGCAGAGUCGCAAUCCAGAGUUACUUGGUGAGGACCUUAAGGAUUGAAAGAAGCGUAUCUGAAGACCCAGUAGGUUUUGAAGAGUGCAUUGAAAAAGAUUUGGAACACACAGAAGGACAGCUUCAAAAGGAAGAAUUUCCACUUCCUGAAUUCCAAGCCACUUACUUACGUUUCAUCAUCAAAUCUGCCUUCGAUCACUUUGUAUCAGUGCACCGGGUGAUGGCAGAGGGCGCAGCAGAAAACACUUAA